AUGUCGAUCCACGCCAAUGCCCAAUCUCCCUCUCACCCUUUCAGCAACAUCUCCUACCGCACGCGAUCCGAUCUUCAAGAUGCUUGCGCCGCAAUCCUCAAUCCACUAAAGCCCCUCUUCACGGAAGCAAACACGCGCAUCAAAGUAGGAACAUCGACAACGCGCUUCGACGAGGGGGGUGCCCAGAUAGAGGGAUAUGCAAGACCGCUAUGGGGUCUCGCAUCGCUCUUAGCAGGUGGUUCUGAUUAUGACGCCGAAAAUUGGCGCCGGGGACUCAUCAACGGGACGAACCCAUCGCACCCCGAGUUCUGGGGUGACAUUGAAGACAUGGAUCAGCGGAUGGUGGAAAUGUGUCCCAUUGGUUUCGCAUUGGCGGUUGCACCGGAGAUAUUUUGGAAUCCGUUGAGCGAGGAGGAGAAGAGCAAUGUCAGUGCUUGGCUGGGCAGUAUCAAUGACAAAGAGAUGCCGAACACGAAUUGGCUAUGGUUCCGCGUCUUUUCCAAUUUGGGGCUGAGAAAGAAUGGGGCACCGUACUCGCUUGCUCAGAUUGAGGCUGAUAUGGAUCAUCUGGAUACAUUCCACGUUGGGGGUGGAUGGAGUAACGAUGGCCCCAAGAGCCAUCACCAGAUGGAUUAUUACUCUGGAUCGUUUGCUAUUCAGUUUUUACAACUCCUGUACUCCAAGCUGGCGGGUGAUUUUGAUUCAGAGCGCGCUGAGCGAUACCGCCAGCGUGCGAGGGAAUUCGCGAUGGAUUUCGUGCACUACUUCGACCCCAAUGGCAGCGCGAUCCCAUUCGGUCGCUCUAUGACCUACCGCUUCGCCAUGGUCGGAUUCUGGGGCGCCCUGGGCUUCGCGGACGUCGAACUUCCAGCGCCGCUAACUUGGGGUGUUGUGAGAGGGAUUCUUAUGCGCCAUUUCAGGUGGUGGUCUACACAGAAGGAUAUCUUCAACAAUGACGGCACACUGAGUCUCGGGUACAGCUAUGCCAACAUGUAUCUGACAGAGAACUACAACUCGCCGGGAUCACCUUAUUGGUGUUGUCUCGCAUUCAUACCACUCGCGCUACCCGAGACACAUCCAUUUUGGACUGCGGAAGAAGAACCCUAUCCCGCUCUACCCGAGGUCGUUGCACUGCAUUACCCAAAGCAUAUUGCCAUCCGUCGCGGAGGACACUCGUUCAUCCUUUCGUCUGGCCAAGCAUGCCACUAUCCGCUCAAGGCAACACAGGCGAAAUAUGGCAAGUUUGCCUAUAGUUCUGCGUUUGGCUAUUCUGUCCCUACCGGAGGGUACCAGUUGGAGCAGCAUGCCCCGGAUAGCAUGCUUGCUCUAUCGGAGGACGGAGAGAUUUGGCAAACCAGAAGGCUGGCUCUCGAUGCACGUAUUGAGCAACGAGAUGGCCAGCCCAUCCUUAUCUCAGGCUGGAAACCAUGGUCGGAUGUCGAUGUCGAGACAUUCCUCAUUCCACCAACGGAAGAGAAUGAAAAUUGGCACCUACGUGUACACCACGUUCGCACGGGCCGUGACUUGCAAACCUCCGAAGGAGCGUUCGCUAUCUAUGGAUGUCGCAGCGAUAAUGGGCGUAUUCUUGGGCCCAUGGCCGAUGGUGAAGGGACCCUGCAGGAUGAUCGGUGUGGGCUGGUGGUGUCGUCGGCUGGCGCUGUGGGCAUCGCUGAACUUCACUCUACGCUUGAGCGUGUUGGAACUAUUGUCUUGGCCGAUCCUAACUCUAACAUCAUUCAUGGCCGUACGCUGCUGCCAUCGCUUUCGGUGAACCUUCAGGCCGGACAGGAUUGCUGGUUUGUAUCGGCUGUUUUUGCCAUGCCGGGACAGAAGGACUGGAAAGCGUGGGAGAAGAGACCUGUCAUCCCCCAAUGGGUGAAAGAGAUGGUCUUAGGAUAG